AAAGACGAGUGUGUAUAGGCCCAUUUUAUUAUAUUGGGUCUUCCAAGCCCACUCCAGCGGCCCACUUUGACAUCCCAACACACAAAAUCAUCUUCUCCGAGACUUCAACUGCAAGUCUGCCCUCUCAGUCGGAGAUCGGAGUCCAAAACGUACAGAGAAUCAUGGCUGGCAAAGGAAGGAAGAGAGGGAGGGCUUGCGUGGUGGUGCUGGGCGACAUUGGGCGGAGCCCCCGUAUGCAGUAUCAUGCUCUUUCGCUUGCCCGGCAGGCGUCUCUGGAGGUAGAUAUUGUUGCAUAUGGAGGUUCCGAACCCCAUUCUUCUGUGCUGGAGCAUCAGGCCAUUCACAUACACAAAAUGCAGCAGUGGCCGACAUUUUCGCGUGGCCUUCCCAGUAUACUUAAACCCUUCGUGCUUUUGAUCAAGGCAUUGACUCAGUUUUUAAUGCUCCUGUGGUUUCUUUGCGUUAAGAUACCCGCUCCCGAUGUAUUUCUGGUUCAGAAUCCACCUUCUGUUCCUACCUUAGUGGCUGUAAAAUGGGCAAGCUGGUUGAGGAAAUCUGCCUUUAUUGUUGACUGGCAUAAUUUUGGAUAUACUUUACUGGCAUUGUCUCUUGGAAGAAGUAGUCAAUUUGUGGCAAUAUACCGUUGGUUUGAGAGGCAUUUUGGGAAGAUGGCAGAUGGUUCCCUAUGUGUAACGAGGGCAAUGCAACAUGAAUUGGCUCAAAAUUGGGGGAUUAAAGCCACAGUUCUAUAUGAUCAGCCUCCUGAGUUUUUCCAACCAGCUUCACUCGAAGAAAAACAUAAGUUGUUCUGCAGAUUAGAUAAAAAUCUAAGGCAGCCUCUUGGUGUUCAAGAUUGCACCAGCACUGAAACAGGGGAAGAGAAUACAGACAUAAAUGAGACUCUGUUUACCACUUUCGUUGGUACUGACGUUACUUCAAAGCCAAACAGGCCGGCACUCAUAGUUAGCAGUACAAGCUGGACUCCUGAUGAAGAUUUUGAAAUUCUCUUGGAAGCAGCUAUCAUGUAUGAUAGGCGUGUUGCUGCAAUUUUAAAUGAAGAUGAUUCUACGAAAGAAGAGGUUCUUUGGAAGGAAAUCCAUAGUGGAAAGCAAUACUUGUACCCUAGGCUGUUAUUUGUCAUUACUGGUAAAGGGCCUGAAAAACAAAAAUAUGAAGAAAAAAUUAGCCGAUUACACCUCAAACGCGUGGCAUUUCGUACUAUGUGGUUGUCUGCUGAGGACUAUCCAUUGCUUCUUGGAUCAGCAGAUCUUGGUGUAUGCUUGCACACAUCCUCAUCAGGGUUGGAUCUUCCCAUGAAGGUCGUGGACAUGUUUGGUUGUGGACUGCCAGUUUGUGCUGUUUCCUACUCAUGCAUCAAGGAACUAGUGCAAGUUGAGAAAAAUGGCCUUCUCUUUUCAUCAUCUUCAGAGCUAGCUGAUGAACUUUUGAUGCUGUUUAAGGGUUUUCCAGAUGCAUGUAAUUCGUUGAAGGUUCUCAGGAAUGGUGCAUUGGAAAUGGCUUCAUCUGGUAGGUGGGCUACUGAGUGGGAAGAGCAUGCCAAAGCAUUAAUACUAGAGGUUAUCUCUAAAAACUCAGAUUGAUUUCUGGUUCCGGGUGAAAGUUGUCUAGUCGAUGAGGUUUGGCAGACCAGGCAGUUUAGGUGCCAGUAAAUUAAUUUGCAGAUUGGAGAAUUCAGAACAGCUUCUGGGGAUGUUAUCAAAAUCGUAUAUACAGCCAUCACGCGUUGAAAUAUUGUGGAUACUUGCAGAUUUUAGGCUUUAGAAUUGGCUUGUUUUGAUACCCUGUUGAAACAGAACAAAAGUACACUUUUAUGUAUCUUUUGGGUCAAGUUGCAUGUUGCUUCUUUCUGAAUAUGAAUUGACGCUAGUAUUUCAGAUAGCUGCUAAACACUCA